GUUUAUGUUAAAGGAGUAUGGGGCAGGAUGAAGAAACGAAACUCAUUAGCGACGCACUCGGCGCUGUGAGUAACUGCAGCCCGGCACGAGAGCGCGCACAAACUCUUCUUCACUAGAAAAAAAAAGUUUCACAGUGAUGUACGGCCAGAGCGUGGCUCGAACAAGGCACCAUGUCGAGCGAUGAAGUAAGUAACAUUGUUACUUUAGUCUAAUAUUUGUAAAAGUCCAUGACAACAUUAGCUUUUUAAUUUAGCCAUGACACUCGUGAUGUAAAGCAAGCGCUCCUUCCUAUGAAAUAUUCAUAAGCCAGUUUUGUGACUGGUGAGCAAGACAGUAACAUGAUGCUACUUUAUUAGCAUAAGGCUUUGUGGCUGCAGGUGAUUUCUGAUGUUUUUAGACAAAUUACACUUAUUAUUUUGCACUAAGCUUACUAACAAGCUAAUGUUAUUGUUUAUACAUCAUGUAAGAACAUCCAAUUUCAAGUCACUGAUAUUUGUGAAACCAAUUUCAUUACAGGACAGGCAUCACAACAAUGUAAAUGUUUAGUUCAAUAAAAUGCAUCAAAUAAAAUCAUAAUAUCAAGAAGACCUACAGGGUAAUACAGUAAUUUUUAUCAUUACUGUCAUUGAUUUUCAGGAAUUCACAUUGGAAGGAGUGAUGGAAGACAGUUCAGAUGAGGAGUAUGUGCCUGAGCCCGCCACAGACUAUGAUGUGUCGUGGGAAAGUCUGAGACCAGGGGGUAAAGGAAAGGGGAGAGGAAAAGGUCGCUCCGAGGGUCGGGGAAGGACACGCUCAAGGGGUGAGGGCAGCAGGUCGAGGUCCAGAGCUCCUUCAAGAGGACCAGGGCGCCGGGGCAGGCAGCGAACAUCAGCUUUCAGAGAAGAGGACCGAGACCGGCUUGCACAGCUGAGAGCUGCCAGUAUAGCUGAGAUGCAGACAGCUUUACAACACCUGAGCCAGGAGGAGAGAGAUUAUAUUCUCGAGAGUGGUGACCCGUCUUCCAGGGGUGAUGCUGGAUAUCCUGGAGUUUCGGCAAGAGACGCCAGGACACCAUCUUCCUGA